CUUUGUGUCUCUCCAGCCGGAGCUCGAGGUUUCGACUUCACUGCUCUGUGUCCUCUCCUUCUAGAGGCCCAGUCUCUGUGGCUCAGUGACCUGCAGUUAUUGGAGAUCCAUAGCUAAGACGCCAGGGCCCCCGGAAACCUAGAAAUGGUGAGAAUGCCGGGUCCGACAUCCCGAGAGACGGGAAGGGGCUAUGGCGGGACUCAGGCUUCCCCGCAGUCAGUUCCACAGUCUGCACCCUGAGUUCUCGCCCAGGUCGGCCUCAGUCCCCUUCGACGGAACCACUGAAAUUUAGGGAUGUGGCCAUAGAAUUCUCUCUGGAGGAGUGGCAAUGCCUGGACACUGCACAGCAGAAUUUGUAUAGGAAUGUGAUGUUAGAGAACUACAGAAACCUGGUCUUCUUGGGUAUUGCUGUCUCUAAGCCAGAUCUGAUCACCUGUCUGGAGCAAGAAAAAGAGCCUUGGACUAGAAAGAGACAUAGGAUAGUGGCCAAACCCCCAGUUACUUGUUCUCAUUUUGCCCAAGACUUUUCACCAGAGCAGAACAUAAAAGAUUCUUUCCAAAAAGUGACACUGAGAAGCUAUGGAAAAUAUGAACAUGAGAAUUUACAGUUAAGAAAAUGUAGUAAAAGUGUGGAUGAGUGCAGGUUGCAAAAAGGAGGUUACAAUGGACUUAACCAAUGUUUGCCAGCUACCCAGAGCAAACUAUUUCAUUGUGAUGAAUAUAUGAAAAUCUUUCAUAAAUUUUCAAAUUUAAAUGGACAUAAGAUAAGACACACCAGAACAAAACCUUUUACAUGUAAAGAAUUUGGCAAAUCAUUUUACAUGUUUUCAAACCUAACUCAACAUAAAAUAACUUGUACUAGAGUAAAUUUCUACAAAUGUGAAGACUGUGGAAAAGCCUUUAAUGGAUCCUUAAUCUUUACUAAACAUAAAAGAAAUCAUAGUGGAGAGAAACCGUACAAAUGUGAAGAAUGUGGCAAAGCCUGUAACCAGUUCACAAACCUUACUACACAUAAGAUAAUUUACACUACAGAGAAACUCUACAAAUGUGAAGAAUGUAGUGAAGCCUUUAACCUGUCGUCACACAUUACAACACAUAAAAUAAUUAAUACUGGAGAGAAUCCCUACAAACAUGAAGAAUGUGGCAAAGCCUUUAAUCGGUCCUCAACCCUUACUACACAUAAGAUAAUUCAUACUAGAGAGAAACUCAAUGAAUAUGAGGAAUGUGGCAAAGCUUUCAACCAGCCCUCACACCUCAGCAGACAUAAGAUAAUUCAUACUGGAGAGAAAGCCUACAAAUGUGAAGAAUGUGGUAAAGCCUUUAAGCGGCCCUCACACCUUACCAGACAUAAGAUAAUUCAUACUGGAGAGAAAGCCUACAAAUGUGAAGAAUGUGGUAAAGCCUUUAAGCGGCCCUCACACCUUACCAGACAUAAGAUAAUUCAUACUGGAGAGAAAGCCUACAAAUGUGAAGAAUGUGGUAAAGCCUUUAACCGGCCCUCACACCUUACCAGACAUAAGAUAAUUCAUACUGGAGAGAAGCCCUACAAAUGUGAAGAAUGUGGCAAAGCCUUUAACCGGCCCUCAAACCUUACUACACAUAAGAUAAUUCAUACAGGAGAGAAGCCCUACAAAUGUGAAGAAUGUGGCAAAGCCUUUAAUCAGUCCUCAACCCUUACUACACAUAAGAUAAUUCAUACUAGAGAGAAACUCAAUAAAUAUAAGGAAUGUGGCAAAACUUUCCACCAGCCCUCACACCUCAGCAGACAUAAGAGAAUUCGUACUGGAGAGAAAGCCUACAAAUGUGAAGAAUGUGGUAAAGCCUUUAACCAGUCCUCACACCUUACUACACAUAAGAUGAUUCAUACUGGAGAGAAGCCCUACAAAUGUGAAGAAUGUGGCAAAGCCUUUACGCGGUCCGUGCACCUUACUACACAUAAGAUGAUUCAUACUGGAGAGAAGCCCUACAAAUGUGAAGAAUGUGGCAAAGCUUUUAAUAAUUCUUCACACCUUACUAGACAUAAGAGCAUUCAUGCUGGAGAGAAACCCUACCAAUGUGAAAAAUGUGGCAAAACUUCUAACCCAUCCUCAAAACUUACUGAACAUAAGAAAAUUCAUAUUAGAGAGAAACGCUAUACAUGUGAAGAAUGUGGCAAAGCCUUUAACCGGUCCUCACAGCUUACUAGACAUAAGAGAAUUCAUACUGGAGAGAAACCCUACCAAUGUGAAAAAUGUGGCAAAGCUUUUAACCAGUCCUCACACCUUACUGCACAUAAGAAAAUUCAUACUGGUGAGAAACUCUACAAACCUAAAAGAUGUAACUGUGAUUUUGAAAACACCUCAAAUUUUUCUAAACAUAAAGGAAAUUAUACUGGUGAGAAAUCUUAGAAAUCUGAAGAAUGUAACAAACCCUUUAAAAGUUGUCACACUUCAUUGUACAUAAGAUAAUUCAUACUAAAAACCUACAAGUGUUUUUAGCAUGUGGCAAAACUUGUAACCAAUGCUUACACCUUAUUGCACAGGAAAGGAUUUGUACUAGAAAAAAAAAAGUCAAAUAUACAGAAUGUGAAAAAGCCAUUAAUACCCGUUCACAUCUCACUCAACAUCAGAGUUCAUACUUAAUAAAAGCAUUAUACAUGCAAUUACGUCAAAAAUCUUUCAGAAAAUAUAAGCCUCUAAAGUGAAGAGUAUUCAUUUUGAUGACAUACAUUAUGAACAUCAAGAGGAUUUUAGUUGUUAGGCAGGAAUCUAGACCCAACAUGGUGAUAUCACCUGGCAUGGCAGGCUCUUUGUUAGGACUGCCUGCCCUUCACUUCCUGCUAAGACUGUCAGUGUGCGAAAAAAGCCCGCGUCCGCCAAAGAACCCCCACUCUGCGCAAGCUCCUGGACAUGUUAUUCCCCAGAAGUCGAAACCUACCUCAAGAAAGCUGAUAGCUACAAACCCCGCCUACCUCGGCCCUCCCACUAGAGGACAUGUGAACCUCUCCCGCGAGCCCAAUAAAGGCUGCCUUUGUUCUCA